AUGCCCGGCAAGAAGAACCAGGUUAAACCAGCCAUUAACACCCGGACCAGCACCCAGACCCAGCACCCGGACCCAGCACCCGGACCCAGCACCCUGAUCCAGCACCCGGACCAGCACCCAGACCCAGCACCCGGACCCAGCACCCAGACCAGCACCCGACCAGCACCGGAUCCAGCACCCGGACCAGCACCCCGGACCCAGCACCAUGAUCCACGCACCGAGACCAGCACCCGGACCCAGCACCCAGACCAGCACCCGGACCCAGCACCCGGACCCAGCACCCUGAUCCAGCACCCGGACCCAGCACCCGGACCCAGCACCCGGACCAGCACCCGGACCCAGCACCCAGACCCAGCACCCGGACCAGCACCCGGACCCAGCACCCUGAUCCAGCACCCGGACCAGCACCCGGACCAGCACCCGGACCCAGCACCCGGACCCAGCACCCUGAUCCAGCACCCGGACCAGCACCCAGACCCAGCACCCAGACCAGCACCCAGACCAGCACCCGGACCCAGCACCCAGACCCAGCACCCUGAUCCAGCACCCGGACCCAGCACCCGGACCCAGCACCCUGAUCCAGCACCCGGACCAGCACCCAGACCCAGCACCCAGACCAGCACCCAGACCAGCACCCGGAUCCAGCACCCGGACCCAGCACCCAGACCCAGCACCCGGACCCGCACCCGGACCAGCACCCUGACCAGCACCCGGACCAGCACCCAGACCAGCACCCGGACCAGCACCCAGACCAGCACCCUGACCAGCACCCGGACCAGCACCCAGACCCAGCACCCAGACCAGCACCCGGACCCAGCACCCAGACCCAGCACCCGGACCAGCACCCGGACCCAGCACCCAGACCCAGCACCCGGACCAGCACCCGGACCCAGCACCCGGACCCAGCACCCGGACCCAGCACCCGGACCGACCCGAGCCACCCAGACCAGCACCAGACCACCCAGACCCAGCACCCGGACCCAGCACCCGGACCCAGCACCCUGA